UGGUAUCACUCACUCAUCUCUAUCCUGUCUACAGCUCAUACAAAAUUCAGCAGCCAGAGUCCUAACACGGUCAAAAAGAAGAGACCAAAUCACUCCGGUUCUUGCUUCCUUACACUGGCUACCUGGCAAGCUGAUGAUUGAUUGAAAAAACUGUUGACUGUGUUUAAGGCAUUAAAUGGACUUGCCUCUCAGAACUCCUGUCCCCAUAUCAGCCGGUGAGAGAUCUUCGGUCAUCAGCGCAAAACCUUCUGUCCAAUAGAUCCAGGACAAGGUGCAACGGGGAUCGUGCUUUUUCUAUUGCAGGACCAAAACUGUGGAACUCUUUGCCUCCAGACAUCCUUCUCACUAUUGGUGUUUUUAAAACUCGCCUUAACACAUAUUUAUACUCAAUUGCCUCCAAUUUUCAAUAACCCGUGAAGCACAAAAUCCAUGGCUCUGUUAGUCUUGUGUUACACUGGACUUAACUGUCACUUGUUCUUUCUUUUUUUGAUUGUUGUUGUUGAUCUUGUCUGUUACUUUCUAAUGCUUUGUUUUCUUCUAUCUGCAAUGUAAAGCACUUUGGAUCAACUGUGUUGUGCUAAAACUAAGUGCUAUAUAAAUAAAGUUGAGUUGAGGUGAGGUGAGGUGAGGAAUUCAAGGAACUGUGAUGGACUGGUUAGACAACAUAUGAAAAGCUGUAGCUGGCCUCCUAUUUGGGUGGUGUUAUGACAUUCCACUGUCGGUAUCAAACAUAACAGGUACUGCAACAGAUGGGUGUGAAUUAUUUGUGUUCCUCAUUUCACAGAUGAUGGUAUCAACUGAAACAUAUCUGACUCUGCUACUUUCUGUGCCUGUCGUCUACGACAUUCACCAUCAGAAAAAGCUCUACAGACCGAAGGGAAUACAGCGAAAAGACUGGGAUUACUGGAGCACUGUUUUCACUUCAACCUGCUGAUUCCAGAAAAACAGGAGAUUUUGAGGAGCUACGAAAGUUACUUUGAGGGAACUUUCUGGAUUCACUAUCUUCUUUUUUCAUGUCUGUUUUUUCAGCUUCAGGCAAAAUGUUUUCUCAAACAGAGGAUGAUUUCUCCUGUCCUGUCUGUAAGGACAUCUUUAAAGAUCCCGUUGUUCUGUCAUGCACUCACAGUUUCUGUAAAGACUGUCUGCAAAGAUGGUGGAGAGAGAAACCAAUGCACGAGUGUCCGGUUUGUAAAAAAGUCUCUUUGUUGAGUGAUCCACCUCGUAACUUGGCUUUAAGGAACCUGUGUGAGGCCUUCUUACAGGAGAGAGAUCAGAAAGCUUCAGCAGAGGCUGAGGCCGUCUGCAGUCUGCACUCUGAGAAAAUAAGACUCUUCUGUCUCGACCAUCAUCAGCCAGUGUGUGUCGUCUGUCGAGAUUCAAAAGAACAUAACAACCACAAAUUCAGACCAAUUGAUGAAGCUGCAAAGGAUCACAGAGAGGAGAUACAGAAAUCUCUGAAACCCUUACAGGAUAAAAUGAAAAUAUUUGAACAGGUAAAAGGAAACUUUGAUCAAACAGCAGAUCUUAUUAAGGUCCAGACACUUAACACAGUGACUCAGAUCAAGGAGCAGUUUAAGAAGCUUCACCAGUUUCUAAAAGAAGAAGAGGAUCACAGGAUCUCUGCUCUGAUGGAGGAAGAGAAACAGAAGAGUCAGAGGAUAAAGGAGAAGAUCGAGGCUCUGAACAGAGAGAUAGCAGCUCUGUCAGACACAAUCAGAGUCACAGAGGACGAGCUCAGAUCUAAUGACGUCUCAUUCCUGAAAAACUACAAGGCUGCAGUGAAAAGAGUCCAGCAGCGCCCCCUGCUGGAUGUUCCAGAACUGGUCUCAGGAGCUCUGAUAGACGAGGCCAAACACCUGGGUAACCUGAGCUUCAACAUCUGGAACAAGAUGAAGGAGAUGGUCUCUUACACUCCUGUGAUUCUGGAUCCAAACUCUGCUCAUCCACACCUCAUCCUGUCUAAAGAUCUGACCGGAAUGAGUCAUGGAGACAGACAGAAGCUUCCAGAUAAUCCAGAGAGGUUUGAUUUCUGCCCCUGUGUCCUGAGCUCUGAGGGCUUUGACUCUGGGAGUCACAGCUGGGAAGCUGAGGUUAUAAAUGAUAAAAACUGGGCAGUAGGUGUGAUACAGGAGUCUGUUCGAAAGAAGGGAGAAAUACAGAGUGGCUGCUGGGCAUUGUGUUACUUAGAAGGACAAUAUGUUGCAUUCUCUCCACCGCUCCCUGACAGAGUUUUCUCAGUCAAAACGAAGCCACAGAGGAUCAGAGUUCAUCUGGACUUCAACAGAGGAAAACUGUCAUUCUGGGAUCCUGAUACCAACACACUCCUACUCACCUUCAGACAUACUUUCACUGAGAGACUGUUUCCAUAUGUUGGCACACUGAACAAACUCCCACUGAAGAUUUCACCACUAAAAGUAUCUGUGGAACAGCCCAGUGUCUCAAUAUUUUCAGUCUUAUGGCAGCGGCCACACAUCUUCAAGCUCACUUCGUAAACUCUUCCGGUCUUAGGUUGGUAGCUCUUUGAUAUUUCCUUCUGAAGUUUAAAUUGAAUUGUGCACUCAGUAAUUUUCUAAGGUUAUUUGUUACCUUUUUUUUUUUUUUUAGAUGAAAAUAAGAAUCUUGAAUUUGUCCUUGAUCCUGUGUUCCUUAUUAGCGAUAUUAUCUUUGUCUCAGUGUCUUAACUUCAUCUUAGUUAUAACUCUUACUUAUCUGGCUACAGGUGUUCAGGGUCAUUUCACGGGCAGCGAUGCUAACACUUAGCUACAGGCUCAAAAUGUAUUAAAAGUUAGAGAAUAGCUGUAUAUAGACAAAGUAAAUUAGAUAAAGAAAGUUUCUCUCAAUGGGAAUGUUUUUGAAUAAUAUGAUUUGUGUGUGAAAUGAACUUUAAGUGUAAAUAAAACUGUUAUCUGGUUCAUCCCAUGAA